AUGAAGUUAAACCCCAAGAAGUCCGUCUUCGGCGUCACCUCAGAAAAAUUCUUGGGGUAUUUGGUUUCCCACCGGGGAAUCGAAGCCAACCCCGACAAGGUUAAGGCCAUUCAAGACAUGUCCCCACCUCGGAACCUCCGAGAAGUCCAAAGGCUGAAUGGACGCCUAGCCGCGCUGAACCGCUUCCUAUCCCAAUCUGCUGAGAAAGCUUUGCCCAUCUUCAAGGUGCUCAAGAAGGCCGAUCAGUUUGCCUGGACUGAAGAGUGCCAGGCCGCCUUCGACAAGUUGAAGCAAUAUCUGCACCACUUGCCCACCCUUGCUUCACCUCGGCCUGGAGAAAGGUUGUACCUCUACCUCUCUGCCGCCGACGAAGCUGUCAGCGCAGUGCUCAUCCGAGAUGAGGGUACCCAAGUGCCGGUCUACUACGUCAGCCGGGCCCUCUGUGGGCCGGAGACUCGGUAUACCCAGGUCGAAAAACUCGUGCUGGGGUUGGUCCACGCAGCUCGGCGGCUGAAACCAUACUUCCUAACUCACCCCAUUUUCGUUAGGACAGAUCAGCCAAUUCGGCAGAUACUGGUGCGGCCCGAGGCCUCCGGCCGCCUCACCAAGUGGGCUGUCGAAUUGGGGGAGUAUGACUUGUCGUAUGAGUCGCGCACCGCCAUAAAAGCUCAAGCCUUAGCUGAUUUUCUCGCCGAGCUCACCUUCACGGAAGGUCGGGAGUCCACCUCCGCAAUUGCCGAAGUGUCCACCCCACAUUCGUGGACGUUAUACGUAGACGGAUCCUCCAACGGGGAUGGCAGUGGAGCAGGACUGCUCCUGGAGGGCCCCCAGGGAGAAGUAUGCUCGUAUGCCCUCCGCUUUGACUUCCCAGCCACCAACAAUGAAGCCGAUUAUGAGGUCUUAAUCGCGGGACUCCAGCUAGCCCGCAGGCUCGGUGCACAGCGGAUCCACGUCCGCAGCGACUCCCAACUCGUAGUAUGCCAAGUCCUUGGUGAGUAUGAGGCCAAGGAUGAAACCAUACAACGGUAUCUAUCCAAAGUCCACCAACUCAUCGCGUACUUGGAGUCUUUCGAAAUCCAAAGAAUCCCCCGCUCCCAGAAUAGGCGGGCCGACGCCUUAUCCCGGUUGGCUUCCACCUCAUUUUCUGACCUCAACAAGACCGUUUUGGUGGAAGUGUUGAGCGAGUCGGGAUACAUGGAAGAGUUGGCCUGCCCUGUGAACACGGGAGAAACAUGGAUGAGCCCGUUCAUCCUUUUCUUAGGGCAGGGAGUCCUCCCCGAGGACCGAGUCGAGGCGAGAAAGAUACAACGCAAAUCUGCUCGGUACGCGCUCCGCGAUGGAGAAAUGUAUAAACGCUCAUACCUUGGCCCAUGGCUGAAGUGCGUUACACCCGAGGCAGGACGCCAGGUCCUCCAUGAGAUACACGAAGGCCUGUGUGGGGCUCACGUCGGCCACAGGAUGUUAGCCAGGAAGACCUUAUUUCUUGGGUACUUCUGGCCUUCCGUUCGACAAGAUGCUCAAAAUCUUAUCAUCAUCUCGGACAACGGGAGACAGUUUUCCGAGAAUCCAUUCAAGACUUGGUGCGAGAACCUCGGCAUCAAACAACACUUCACUUCGGUAGGCCACCCUCAGGCCAACGGUCAGACAGAAAAUUUUAACCGAACUCUCUUGCAUGGCCUCAAGACCCGACUCCACCGAGCUGGAUCAUCUUGGGUGGAGGAGCUCCCCAGUGUUCUGUGGUCAUAUCGGACCACGCCGAGGUCAUCCACGCAAGAGACCCCCUUCUCCUGGACCUAUGGAGCUGAGGCCGUCAUCCCUGCUGAGAUCCUUACACCCAGUCCUCGGAUAACAGCCUAUGUAUCCGAGGUGAACGGAGAAGAGAGACAAUUGGAUCUCGACCUCAUCGACGAGAAAAGAGACAUUGCCUCAGCUCGGGUAGCUUCCUACAAGAACACCCUAACCCACUACUACCAUGCCCGUGUCAAGCAUCGGCGAUUCCGGUCUGGAGACAUGGUGCUAAGAAAAAACUCAGUCAGCCGAGUUGAGAACCAAGGGAAACUUGGCCCGAAAUGGGAAGGUCCAUACCGAGUUGUGGAGUAUAAUCUUAAUGGGUAUUGUAAAUUGAAUUACCGAGAUGGCUCUCUAGUGCCGAGAACUUGGCACGCCGAGAACCUCAGACUGUAUUAUAUUUGA